CAGGCAGGAACAGGGUGUGUGCUUGGCGCAAGGAUUUGCUUGUGAUCGGCUGAUCCGGCUGGAGGUGGAGAAGGAAGGGAGCCUGCAGACGCCCACUGACCUGCUUGAGUGAGUGGACCAGCACGCAUGGAGCCAGCGCCAGGGAGCACCGCGAUGCCCAGGCGGAGGCCAGGCCAAGAGCUGGAGCAAGAGGAAGAGGCCGAGCUCUGGGUGCCCAACAGUAGCUCUGCCCACCUGGAUAGCAUCCCCAGCCUCGCCCAGUGCCGGAGACGCAUGGAGGCAGUGCAAUCCCCAGCGCAGGACGGGGCCAAGAAAGAGGGGCUGCAGCCAGACCCCCCACCCCCGAAGACGGGGCAGCUGGAGAAUGAGGCCAGGGGGAGAGGCUCCUGGCUGGAGAAGCAGAAAGUCUUCAUCCCCCGGCAGUCACCGUUGGACGAGCUGCUGGCGGUGGAGCAUUUCCGGAGCCUCUACCACCUGUGCAUCGCCGCCGUCUGCAUCGCCAUCCUGGGCGCCGCCGCCACGGAUCUCGCCAACCACCGGUGCUGCCUGAAGGAGGACUUGGAGUUCAUCAUCGCCAACUCCCACGGCAUGGGCGCAGCACUGGGGAUCUGGCUGAUCAUGUGCAUCUACACCCUGCUGGCCCCCUAUGCGACUCUGGCGCUCUGGGCCCACGCAUCCCGCACCACACGCCACCCAUGGCUUCUGGUGGCCAGCGUGGUGGGGGCGCUGCUGGGGGGCCACACCGCUGUGCUGGGCAUCUUCCCCAUCUACACCAUGGUCCACCAGCAGAUGCAAUACAUCCCCAAGGUCAUCCUCAUGACAGAGCAGCUGCGGCUCCUGAUGAAAAGCCACUCAUUCCUGCGGGAGACAGUGCCCAAUCUCCGUGCCCAGACGACCGCUGGGAAGGUGAAGCUGCCGGCCUUGUCCACCUACCUGUACUUUCUGUGCUGCCCCACACUGCUGUACAGGGAGACCUACCCCAGGACCUCUGUCAUCCGCUGGAGAGUCGUGGUGGAGAACUGUGCCAAGUUCCUGGCCUUCGCCUUCUUACUGGCACUCAUCAUGCGCCGUUUGUCCAACCCGGUGUACAUCCACCUGAGCCUGCAGCCCUUCCGCCUCGAGACAUUUGUGCCAGCUAUGUGCAACACCAUCCUGCCUGGCACUGUGAUGCUGUUGAUCUCAUUCUAUGGCAUCCUGCACUGCUGGUUCAACGCCUUCGCUGAGGUGCUGCGCUUUGCCGACAGGGGCUUCUACCAGGACUGGUGGAACGCCACAUCCUUCGCCACCUACUACCGCAAGUGGAACAGCGUGGUCCACGACUGGCUCUACCUCUACAUCUACCAGGACCUGUUCUGGCUCUUCGGAAAGAAGUGGCGGGUGGGCGCCAUGCUGGCCACCUUCCUCCUGUCUGCCAUUGCCCAUGAGUACAUAGUUGGUUUCGGCUUGGGCAUCUUCUACCCCAUCCUCUUCUGCAACUACACCAUCUUCGGAGUGCUCUUCAACUUCGUGCUGAACGACAAGCGCAGGCGCCCGGCAUGGAACGUGGCUGUGUGGGCCUUGCUCUUCGUGGGGCAGGGCCUGCUGGUCGCGCUGUACAGCCUGGAGUACUAUGCCCGUGUCCACUGCCCGCUCCAGGUGAGCCCAGGGCUAUUCGUGGCAGCCACAGGCCACGGAGAUAUGGCUUUCUAG